GCUUCCAUCGACGCACUCUCAUCUCAUCUGAUUGCCGCCCAUCCAGCUCGGACUGACCGCUACCUCUCGCUCAUUUCUUGCUUCUCCUAGCUCGGUUUCCUCUUUUCGAGAGUGUGAUCGAGAGAGGUGGUGACCACGCUGUUUUAGGCCGACGCGCGGGCCGGACACGGCAUGCGCUCUGAUCGCACGGCAGCAAACAAUGGCUCCAGCUUCAGCCUCGCUGCUCCCCGCCAGCACCACCAACGCCGGUACCAAGCGCGCUGCACCUGCCGCCGUGUCCGACGUUGAGGCGCCGCCGCUCCCGCAGGACGGCGUCGCGGCGGGGAAGAACAGCCAGGGCCAGCAGCAGCAGCUGGAGUGCCCGCGGUGCAAGUCCAGCAACACCAAGUUCUGCUACUACAACAACUACAGCACCACGCAGCCGCGCCACUUCUGCCGCGCCUGCCGCCGCUACUGGACGCAGGGCGGCACGCUGCGCAACGUGCCCGUCGGGGGUGCAUGCCGACGCAGUGGCAACGGCAGCAAGCGCCGCAGGUCCGCCGAGCCCUCGCCCUCCUCCGCUUCACCGUCGGCAGAGGACACGUUCCGGCCGGUCCAUCUCCCGGCGGCGCCCUUCUUCCCGUUCCUCAGCGACGGCGCCGUCUUCCUGCCGCAGUUCGACCUCGGACUCGGCGGCUACGCGGCCGCGCCCACAGGGUUACCGUGGCCAGCGGCGGCGGGUCCCGAGAAUUACGACUGGCUCGCGACACCGUGGGAUGGGGGCAACGGAACACACACCGGCGGCGCCGCCUGGGACGACUUCGCCGCCGGCCUUGAGCUCUUCUAGCCGCCGCCUGCCGGCGCGCGCGUUCGAGGCUCCUGUUUUAUCAUCGCAGCCUCGAUCGAUUAGGUAGUGUGGGCUUACCAGCUGAAUCAGUGUAUCCGUCCCACCUUUAAUUGUACGAUCCUCUGAUGACUUCGCUCUUUUCUUCUCAUGCAUGCAUACGAAAAUGAUGUGGUGAUUGCUGUUUGAACCCAUGAACCAUGAUCUAUACUAGUAUAUCUGUAGCUACAGGGAGGAUGUAAAUUGGUCAUGUCUUUGCAAUAAAAUGUUUGUAACAAUUCCGCCCAAA